CCUCCGUGUUGCAGACCAAGAGAAAUAUCCCUUGUUCUGGAACACAUGGGCCCAGCAUACUUUGAAGAAUGCCCUCACACUUCAGAAGCUCAACCAAAACACUGCAAAGAACCUCAUCCUCUUCCUUGGUGAUGGUAAGCCAUGAUCACAGGAGCCUUUUUCAUUCCAUGAGUAUGUGCCAUACUGUAUGAUGAAGUGAAGUCUUAACUCUAUGCAAUCAAAGAGCUUAUGUGCAGCAUACAUAUUUAGUAUUUUUAUACAGUUCCAGAUUAUUUUUCCUAGUGGUUUUAGGAAACAAGUAUUUUGAUGAUAAGUAUAUUCUCCUCAUCAAUCCACAGCCGUUUCCAUCUAAACAUUCUGGUGGAUUUAUGUAAUCCAGUCGGAAGUAAAUAGCAUGUUUCAGGCUUUCUAAAUCGAAUGUUGAAUAUGGGAGCCAUCGAGCAUUACAAAUAUAUGCUGCCAGUGCCAAUGGAUAACAUGGCUUCUGCUUUGUGUUAUGUUAUGUAGUGACCCAUUAAACUGUCCCCCCCAAAGGACCUUAACUGUCUAUGUUUUAUAUGCAGCAGUAUACAAUGUACUUUUCUUUAUCAUGUAUGACAACCAUGCUUAAAACAGUCAUGCUGGAUAAAGUGAAAGUGCACGUCAGUUCACAUCCUCUACAAAAGCAUCCAUUUUGACACCCAUAAAAAAACGAAGGGAAAAUAGAUAGUCACCUCUAAAAAUAUACAUUUUGUUGACUUGUGAAAAGGCAGAUCUCAAGUAAAAGCUCUUUUGACAGGGUUCCUUAACACCAAAUGUAGAGUUGUCUGUUGAAUGGGUAGAGCAGCUGCUGUGAAAAGUGACCACAGAGCAAUAUAGUAUGCCAUUUAGCAGACGCUUUUAUCCAAAGCGACUUACAGUCAUGCGUGCAUACAUUUAAUUUUUUUUUUUGUGUAUGGGUGGUCCCGGGGAUCGAACCCACUACCUUAGCGUUACAAGCGCCGUGCUCUACCAGCUGAGCUACAGAGGACCACAAUGUUAACCAGAGAGAAAACCAAAGGGUGUUAAUGCAUGAGAUGGAAAGGCACUCUAUCCUUUAAAUAGAUUCACACCGUAACAGACCGAGCACUGCUUUGCUUUUGUUGUGUAGGAAUGGGCAUUCCCACAGUGACAGCAGCACGAAUACUGAAGGGGCAGCUGAGCAGACAGAGUGGGGAAGAGACCCAGCUGGAGAUGGACAAUUUCCCCUUUGUUGCGCUUUCCAAGGUCUGACCUGGUCUGUUGUCCUAUAGAAGACCUAUAGAAUAGCAUGCAUUAUUGAUCUGGAAGUAAUGAAUGGUUCACCAAGAGCAACACCAAUAUACCAGGUCACAUACUGUCUAUGUCAUACGAUAAUAAUGUGUUAUUAUGUUACAUACUUUGCAAGAAGCUACACAUCAUAGAACUGUCUUUACAGUUAAGGCAGCAGCACAUUCCACACAUGACUGGUCAUGUGGUAGUCUGUGUCAAUGAUUGUGUAAGAAUUUAGAACACCAACACGGCAGGCACAACAAUGUCUCCUACUACAUUUCUACAUAAUCCACACAUUACUGUCCUGUCUCUGCAGACGUAUAACACCAAUGCCCAGGUCGCAGACAGCGCAGGUACGGCCACAGCAUUCCUCUGUGGGGUGAAGGCCAACGAGGGCACGGUGGGUGUGAGUGCAGCUGCCGUCCGCUCCCAGUGCAACACCACACAGGGCAACGAGGUCACCUCCAUCCUCAGAUGGGCCAAGGAAGCAGGUACUGUCUCAUUAUAACCCAUGUUUAUUCACAGUACCUCUCUACACCAGAUCUACUAAGGAUUAUUUGGCCAUCCUGAGAUAAGCAAUAGAGACACACCAUGAUAACAUUGUAAACGUAGUCAUGCAUGCAUGCUAAUGGGGAGUUUAUAGCUACAUAUGUAUUUUCUCAAAGGCAGAGACUCCCUAGCAUGCCCCAACGACUUAGAGACAUGGCAGGAAUGAAAACAAGACUUCUGGAGUAGAGGUCAGAGAUCCAGUCAUUCCUUAGCGACCAGACCACAUACUGUAACACACAGAAAUAGAUAACUCACAGCAGGAACAGUCUUUAACAUUUACAUUUUAGUAAUUUAGCAGACGCUCUUAUCCAGAGCGACUUACAGGAGCAAUUAGGGUUAAGUGCCUUGCUCAAGGGCACAUCGACAUAUAUUUCACCUAGUCGGCUCGGGGAUUAGAACCAGAGACCUUUCGGUUACUGGCACAACGCUCUUAACCACUAAGCUACCUGCCUCCGUUUCUGACCCACUCAUCCUCAGUGGAGAUAUUUGUAUAACCACAAUUCUCUGUCUAACAUAGUAAGUACUAUAACCAUGAUAGGUAAUCAACAAACAAAAAAUACAGAAAUGGUCAUUUCUCAAAUGACUGAAAAAUGAACUGACACUCUGUUCAAGUUCAACUAGAAUUAGCAGAUUCUUUGGAGCAAUUGGUUGUCUUCAGAUCUGGCAGACUAUUGUACAGAAUCCAAGCAGCAGGUUCAAAAACUGUUUGUGUGUUUGUUACCCAGGCAAGUCAGUGGGAAUAGUUACAACAACGCGUGUGAACCAUGCCACCCCCAGUGCGGCCUACGCCCACCUGUGUGGACAGGGAAUGGUACUCCGAUGGAGAAAUGCCUGCUGAGGCAGUACAGGCGGGCUGCAAGGAUAUCGCCAGGCAGCUUUUUGAGAACAUUCCCAACAUCGAUGUGAGUCACAGCAUAUAACAUGGAUCCUGAUAUUACAGAAAAUAUCCAGUAAUCAUGCUAAAAACAGAGCAUUAUUUCAGACAGUAAUAUUGAGCAACUUGCACCUGUAAUGUAAAGGCUCACAGAUAAUAAUAACGGCAAAAUAUUCAACCCUACUGUGGAUGUCCAUAUAGAUAAAUCAAACGUUUUAUCUCUAUGGUGGGUGUCUAGGUGAUUAUGGGAGGAGGGAGGAAGUACAUGUUCCCCAAAAAUCAGUCAGAUGUGGAGUAUCCUGGAGAGAAGAAACACUUUGGUACCCGCAUCGAUGGAAGGAACUUGGUGGAGGAGUGGAAUAACAGAAUGAAAAACAAGGUCAGCUGUUUAGUCUGUCUUAGUCCUUCUCUCUCCUCUUCUACCAUGUCCUGCUGUUUCUUCCUUGUUCUUCUCUGUCCUCCACCUUUCUCAAUUUUUCGUAUCAAGAACAUUUGAAUAAUUUUAGGUUGUCACAGGGUUAGAUCAAUGCCAUAUUAUAUAUUGUUUUAUUUUUUAAAUGAACAGAAAGCCCACUAUGUAUGGAACAAGAAGGAACUUUUAUCGCUAAAUCCUAAUAGUGUGGAUUACAUUUUGGGUGAGUUAUUUUUAAAAAUUGUUGCUCUAUACUGAUUUCACGAUCGGCCUGUUUCAUCUUUUGUUUUCAUGUUAACCACUGUUGAUCAUCUUCUCUACCUAUUUCUCAAUAUAAUAAACCCAGCUUCCCGUGUUAACACAGGUCUGUUUGAGCCGGGAGAUCUUCCCUACGACCUGGAGAGAAACAAUGAGAGAGAUCCUUCCCUGACAGAGAUGGUGGAGGUGGCCAUCAAGAUCCUGAGGAAAAACCCCAGGGGAUUCUACCUGCUGGUGGAGGGUGAGUGUUGUUUUACACUCUGGCACCAGUAAAUACUGUAUCUGUUGCAUAAGGUUAAUUAAUAAUGUAUAUCAUGUUGAAUGUAAAGUUUGCACAGCUGAGGCUACUUUGCCAAUGCUGAUGCUAGAUUUUCUCAUCUGCGUGAGAGAGAGAGGUUAACCAGGCUGUGCGUUGGCAGGGGGGUGCAUUGACCACGGACAUCAUGACGGUAAAGCCAAGCAGGCCCUGCAUGAGGCAGUGGAGAUGGACCGGGCCAUUGGCCACGCCGGCCUCAUGACCAGCAUAUAUGACACAAUGACUGUCGUCACUGCUGACCACUCUCACAUGUUCAACUUCGGAGGCUACACGCCAAGGGGGAACACAAUAUUUGGUGAGAAAUGGAUGAUUUUGCAACCAUGUAUUGUAUGUGGCUACACUCAGUCAUCAGUCAUUUGGAUGUUGUGGAUGUUGUGAUUAAUUGUUUGUGAUGGAGAUGGUUGAUUAUUUUCCUCUCUAUCCACAGGACUGAAUCCCAUGUUGAGUGAUGUGGACCAGAAGCCCUUCACCGCCAUCUUAUAUGGGAACGGACCAGGGUUCAAAGUAGUCAACGGUCUGAGAGAGAAUGUCUCCACCCUUGACUACGGUAACUGAAAUCUUAUCAUCAAUGCAGUAUUGCCAUUUUGACAGUCCUCUGUCUUAGAGAACACCACUUGGUCUUUGGCAUGCCACAAAAUCAUCCAUCUGAUCUCUUUCUUCUUCCCUUUCUCUACCUCCACCCUUUCCCUUCCCUCCCUCUAUCCAGAGGAAAAUAACUACCAGGCCCAGUCUGCAGUGCCGCUGAGUAUGGAGACUCAUGGAGGAGAGGAUGUGGCUGUGUUUGCUAAGGGCCCCAUGGCUCACCUGCUGCACGGUGUCCACGAGCAGAACUACAUUCCCCAUGUCAUGGCCUAUGCUGCCUGCAUCGGCCAGAAUAGAGACCACUGCAUGUCAUCCAGUGGAGCCUCUAGUCUCAGCGCUGCUCUGCCCAGCCUGACAGCUCUUCUCACACUCACCCGCCUCCUCUGCUGACCUUUCACCCCCUCCUGCACUACCCCUACCCCGCCUCUCCGUGUACAUGUAAUACUCCAACGUAUUUUUUCCCGUUGUAAUGCAGAUUUCAUUUUUUCUAUUUUUUUCUAUUAUUAUUAAUUUUUUUAAUCUUUCUGUACAGUUUAAUGACUUUGGGACCACUGCAAGGGCAUUUAAAGUUCGUGUUUUGAGUGUUGUUCACGUUCAAUUUGAUUUUAGUGUUAGGGAAAAUAGGAGGAUAUGACUUUCUUUCUACUGUAUCAUAUAGGAUAGGUUGUAUUAUUCUACUUUGGUUUUGAUCAUCAUUCAGGUAACACCAAAACUAUGUGAAGAAUUCUGUCAUAUCAGUGGGUUUAAGAGAAGGGUAUAUCUCUGAAUUUAUAUCAAUCAUUGUAUGGGAAAAAAUUAUCUCCCAGUAUUAAUGACAAAUCAAUGUUGCUGCCCACCUAUAUAUUUGUUGUCUGUCAAUUGCAUGACUAUGAAUCAGUCAACUUUUCAAAGAAGCCAGUUCCUUUUGUAAAUUAUAAACCUAAUGUAACGUUCCCCUAGAUUUGAAUAUGAAUGUAUUAUUUCAGCCACUCCUCCGACCUAAACAGAGAGCAAACAGUAAACAGAAUCUACUUCAUAAGCUCUCAUCAGAUUCCCUAAACAAUCGUGGAAACAUUACAAUGAGCAAAGUAGAGGCUAUUUUGAAUGUAUGGUUCUUUUUAAAAUUUCAAUGGUAUGUAUUCCAUGUCCUUUGUACAUACUUCCCGAAAGCACUGAAUGAAAAGUCACCACCUGUCAGAAUUUCAUACAAAAUAAGCUAGCCAAUCUCUUACCCAAUAAAGGAAAUCCUGUUGGUUUUUCUUAAAAUGUUUUGUUUACAUUCUUGGUGUGUGUACUGUAAAUGGUAGAUAAUGUGUCAGUUUGCCAGGAACUGAUUUUGGUUGCACUAUCAAUAAGCAUUA